AUGUGUAUAUUAAAUAGAGGUGUCGGCCAUAUCCAGCAUGAUUUUGUGCGUUCUCCUUCAGCUGCCCAACAAUCCCGUUCUUCCAGAAAUGACUGGAAUUACCCCCCACAACCACCUCAAAAACAACCUCAACAUUGGAAUUGGCCAACAACAAAAACUUUAAAUUAUCAAAAACCAAACGGGGAAAUAUCAAAUAAAUGGCCAAACGAAUCUUUAACAACACAAAGGUUAUCUAGGGCACAAAUGCCCCAUAGAGAUAAUUACAAUACAAUGACUACAUCAAUGCCUUCCUCUACAAUACCCUUUACUGAACAACCUAUAGUUUUUGAACAAGCUAAAAGAGCAACCCCAACACUUUUACAACAACAACAGUCAACAGGUACACGUCGUCGUCCAAUACCCGGUGUUCGUCCAUCUCCGCGUCGAAGUGAAAUGGAUGCUUUGUGUGAUCCAGAAUUUUAUCUUUCAUAUUCAACACCAACCGCCUCGCCUAUUCUUAAUAAAAAAUAUCCUUUGAAGGAAAAAAAUAUUGAGAGAAAUCUCUCAAAAUCUGUUCCCGAUGGAAAAGAAUUUAAUCAAAUGGCUAAAAAUGAAUUACAAAGAGAUGAUGUUAAAGAAUUACUUGCACAACAUUUAAUUGGCAACAAUAAUAAGGCUAAUUUUAAUUCAUCCGUUCGUCGUUCACAAACACCACAAAAUCCUUUAAUUACUUCCAAAGAAUUAGAUAAACCUUUAAAAAUGGAUGAUGAUUAUAGAGCUAGAAAUUGUAGAUCAGUUAAUUCUACACCUUUGAUUAGGUAA